AACAGCUGGACGCUCUGCUGCCGACCCAGUGUGAGUGUGUGUGUGUGUGUAAGCGUGUGUAUGCGGGGGAGGCAGUGUGUGUGUUCAGCUCCGUCCGGUGAAGAUUAGGCGCGUCCCCGCUGCGUAUGAGCGCGUGAUGGGAGUGAAUGAAAGGACAACGCGGCGUCGACCAUGACACGGACCCUCAGCACCCUCCUGUACGCGUUCACCUUCAUCCAGAGUGCUGUCUGUGCAGAAGCUGAAGAGCGGCUCAUGAACUGGCUCCUGUCUAAGGAUCGUUAUAACAAUCUCAUCCGUCCUGCGCUGAACAGAACCGAAAGAGUGACCGUAAGGCUGCAGGUCUCUCUGGCGCAGCUCAUCAGUGUGAAUGAGAGGGAGCAAAUCAUGACAACAAACGUGUGGCUCACACAGAACUGGAAUGAUUACAGACUGUCUUGGGAUCCAUCCCAAUACGAUGGAAUCGACAAACUCCGAAUACCCUCCAGACACAUCUGGCUUCCUGACAUUGUGUUAUACAAUAAUGCUGAUGGCACCUAUGAGGUCACAGUCUUCACCAAUGCUAUUGUACUGUUUAACGGCAGCAUUGCCUGGCUUCCUCCUGCCAUCUACAAGAGCGCCUGCAAGAUUGAGGUCAAACACUUUCCCUUUGACCUGCAAAACUGCACACUAAAAUUCCGGUCAUGGACGUACGAUCACACGGAAAUUGAUCUUGUCCUCAAGUCCGAAGUAGCCAGUAUGGAUGACUUCACUCCUAGUGGAGAGUGGGACAUUUUAGCUCUGCCAGGAAGGAGGACGGUCAACCCUCAAGACCCGACUUACGUUGACCUGACGUAUGAUUUUAUAAUCAAGAGAAAACCUCUUUUCUACACCAUCAACCUCAUCAUCCCAUGCGUGCUGAUUACCUCUCUGGCCAUCCUGGUUUUCUACUUGCCAUCUGAUUGUGGUGAGAAGAUGACCCUAUGUAUCUCUGUUCUCCUGGCUCUAACUGUCUUCCUCUUACUCAUCUCCAAAAUUGUUCCUCCUACAUCCCUGGAUGUCCCUCUAAUUGGCAAGUACCUGAUGUUCACCAUGGUUCUGGUCACGUUCUCCAUCAUCACAAGUGUAUGCGUGCUCAACGUGCAUCAUCGAUCCCCGAGUACUCAUACCAUGCCCAAAUGGGUGAAGCUGGUCUUCCUAGACAAACUUCCCAUGCUGCUUUUUAUGCGAAGACCUGAAGGGAACUCAUCCCGACAGAGGCUACACCAGCGGAGGCAUCUUAAAGGUAACACAGCUCUGCCUGGGCUGAGAUGUGAAGCUCCCUGCAAGUCAGCAAUGUCCUCUUCAGCCUCAGUUUUGCUUCCUGCAUCUUCAGCAUCUGCAUUGUCUUCACCAGAAGACUUUUACAACAACAGGACCAGCUUUCACAGGAAAUGUGAUCGGCGACCUACAGAUUUCCUGCCCAAUGGCAAUACCUUUAACCGGGGAGACACAAGGGGAAGUGGAGACCAAUCAGACUUAGGGGUUGAUGUUCAAGAAGCAGUGGAUGGAGUUCGUUAUGUAGCUGAUCACAUGAUGGGAAAUGAUGACGAUCAGAGUGUUAUUGAAGAUUGGAAGUAUGUGGCCAUGGUGGUGGAUCGGAUGUUCCUAUGGAUCUUUGUAAUUGUGUGUGUGGUUGGAACGUUGGGACUUUUUCUUCAGCCGGUCUUCCAGAACCAGACAGUUCCUGUAUAUCAGACAAAUGCUGAAACCUCAAGAAGGGAUGGGAUGUAAAUGAAAAAAAUUGUGAAAGAUACCAGGUCUAAAAAGAACAACCAACAAUUGUGAUAGUAGUAAGGCAUUGAGAAUAGACUUGUGAUAUAAACUUGAAGAAAGCUUUCUUUUGAUCCAAAGAAGAAAUCAGUCUUGAAUGAUGGACAGAAAUAAUAAAGAAAUUAUGGAGGGUAAAUGUCUUCAGGAUUACAGCACAUGUCAAAGUCACAUUGGCUAUCUUCUUUAUUUACCUGUGGAUGCCUGAAAGAUUUGUACAGACAUCCAACUAGGACUUACAAUUUCACUGUUUUGAUUAGACAACAUCAAUGUCACUGAUUAGCCAACAUCACUUGCCUUUAUGAUGCCAUUUUGCUGAUAUGGUCAGCCACUGGUGCUUCAAAGUUAUAAGAUAUGUUAGAUCACUGUUUGUAUAAAAAAUAUUCAAUACCAAUAAACCAGUGAAAUUAGUGUUUCUGAUUUAGUGUUUAUUAGUUAUUUUCUUUCUUUCGCUGUAGAAGGACAAGACAGGAUUUUUACCCCAAUUUUUCGAAUACCAUGUGAAAGAAUAUGAAUCUAA